AUGGGAAAAGCCUGGGACUAUGAUUGCAGGUUCAAGAAAGGGCAAAACAAUGAGGAGGAACAUUCUAGACAAGAAAAAGUCAUCCAAGGAGAGCCUGCCAAUGAAAUGAGAGGCUCUGAACACAGUAAAUACAGCCAAACCUGUAGCCCAGAGCCAGCCAAUUUUCUGCAACAGGGAGUGUCUGUAGUAAUGAAACUCCAUCAUGGUGCUAUUCAGAGAAAGACCUUCAGCAUGUCUUCAGACCAAAGUCAGUGUAAUCAAACAUGUUCUCAGCAGUAUUCUAACCUCAUCAAAUGUCAGGAAACCUUUAGUUAUAAUUUUGACAGCAAGAAAAAAUAUGGAGUUCAUGCUGAAGAGAAACUUCAUGAAAGUGGGAAUUCUUUCCUCCCUAAAAAUGGACAUACUCCACACCACAGAACUGAUACAGGAAAAAAGCGAUAUAUAUUGCGUAAGUGUGGGAAGACAGAUCAUAAUCAACAUUCUGGUAUUCAAGAUAAAAAGAAAGUUUUUAAAUGCAGUGAAUGUGGAAAGGACUUCCAGCAUAAAGUAAAUCUUACAGAACACUGCAGAAUUCAUGCUGCUGAGAAACCUCUUAAAUGCAAUGAUUGUGGGAAAGCCUUUUCCUGGAGCAUAACACUGACUCUACAUCGGAGAACUCACACAGGAGAGAAACUCUAUGAAUGCAAAGAAUGUGGGAAGACUUUCCAGUCAAAGUCUAAACUUUAUCUGCACCAAAGAACUCAUACAGGAAUAAAACCUCAUGAAUGCAGCAUAUGUAGAAAGGCAUUCUCUCAAAAGUCACGUCUUACAAAACACUACAUCACUCAUACUAGAGAGAAACCUUUUAAAUGCAGUGAUUGUGGGAAAUCUUUUUCCUGCAGGACAACACUGACUGUACAUCAGAGAAUUCACACUGGAGAAAAACCCUAUGAAUGCAAAGAAUGUGGGAAGACAUUCCGAUCAAACCCUAAACUUUAUCUGCACUGGAUGAUUCAUACAGGACUAAAACCUCAUGAGUGCAGGAUAUGUAGGAAGGCAUUCUCUCAAAAGGCAUCCCUUAAAAGACACUACAGAGUUCACACUGGCGAGAAGGCUUUUAAAUGCAGUGAUUGUGGGAAAGCCUUUUCCUACAGGACAACCUUGGCGCUACAUCAGACAAUUCACACUGGAGAGAGACCCUAUGAAUGCAAAGAAUGUGGGAAGACAUUCAGUCAAGGCUCUAAACUUUCUAGGCACCAGAGAAUUCAUACAGGAAUAAAACCUCAUGAAUGCACAGUAUGUAAAAGGGCUUUCUUUCAAAAGUCACAUCUUACACGACACUACAAUAUUCAUACUAGAGAGAAACCUUUUAAGUGCAGUGAUUGUGGAAAAGCCUUUGCCCGGAGUACCACACUGACUCAGCAUCAGAGGACUCACACUGCAGAGAAAUCCUAUGUGUGCAAUGAAUGUGGAAAGGCCUUUACUCAGAAAGGCAUUGAGCAUUCUGACUGCAGCACCAGGGAGUGCAAUGAAGAAGACCAGCAUCCUCCACAGGAGGCCCAUGCCCUCCUUGCUGUGGACACUGCUGGAGAGCAACUGGCUCUGAACCCUGAGUGGUUUAAUUGUAACUUGGAAAGUGAUCAGCAUUCAAGUGAGGUAAGAGACUACGCAGACUCAGAACUUUCUUCUGACUUUGGUGUUUCUGAGCAGUCUGCACUCUUGCCUCCUGGGCCUGGGUUUGGGAGGAGGGGAAGAGAGGAAGGGGGCGCCAGGACCGCCCCCCCCCCGCUCCCUGCCCUUCUCCGCGUCUCCCCUCCACUCCUUGGCUACUCUCUGAAAUGGGGCGAAGCCUCGUGGCCCCUGGCAGGGAUGACCAGGCAUCUCCCAGGACUCCUGGCUGGGGAAGGCGGGGCUGGGACCACCACAGUCUGGGCUUUCCCUUCUCCUUGGCAUCUCUGGCACCUGGAAUGCAGUGAAGCAUACACUCAGCCCCCUGAGACCCCACGGGCCUGGGCACAAGCCAAAGCAAGGAGGAGGAAGGAGGGAAGAAUGGGCCCCGGGCUCCUGUCCCCCAGGGCCCCCCAGGACUCAUUGACGUUCAAGGAUGUGGCUGUGGACUUCACCUGGGAGGAGUGGGGCUACCUGGACACUUCCCAGAAGGAGCUUUACUGGGAGGUGAUGCUGGAGAACUACAGGAACCUGGUCAGCCUGGGCCUUGUAGAUUCCAGCAUGGAUGUGACCUCUCAGCUGGAGGCAGGGGAAGCACAUUGGAGUCUAAGUGACAGUGUCCUCAACACCUGCAGGCCAGAUUGGGAUGCCAGGCCUCAGACCAAGGAGUCUUCUCCAGGGAUGGGUGUUUCUGUGGAAGACUUAUCCCAGCAAAGGUCCUUGUGGGAUGACCCAUGUAUCUCCAGCAUGGGACAAGCCUUGGAGUAUUAUGACAGAAUGAAGAAAGAUCAGAGCAAUGAGGAGAAACCUUCUAGGCACGGAAAAGUAAUCCAGACAGAAACUGCUGGUGAAAUCAGAGGUUCUGAUUACAGUAAAUAUGGCCAAACCUCUAACCCAGAGCCAGUCCUUUUGCCACAGCAGGGAGUGUCUUUAGUAAUGAAUCUCCAUAAAGGUGCUGAUCACAGAAGGAGCUUCACCAUGGAGUCAGACCAAAGAUAUUGUAAUCAGAUCUAUUCACAGAAGAAAUAUUCUGAGGUUAACAAAUAUCAGAAAGCCUUCUCUUGUGAUUUUGACCUCAUUGACAAACAAACAAUUCCUACUGAAGAGAAACUUCAUGAAAGUGGGAAUUCUUUCCUAAUGGAUAAUGAACUUAAUCUAUACAAGGGAACUGGUCCAGGACAAACGUUUUAUGAAUUGACUCAGUGUGGGAAGACAUUCAGUCAAAAAGCAGAUCUUACUCAACAACAGUCUAGUAUUCAUACUAAGAAGAAAUGUUAUAAGUGCAAUGAAUGUGGAAAGACCUUCCAGCAAAAGGGAGGUCUUACCCAGCACUACAGAAUUCAUACUGGAGAAAAACCUUUUCAGUGCAGUGAAUGUGGAAAGUCCUUCUGCCAGAAGACAGACCUUAUACUACAUUACAGGAUUCACACUGGAGAAAAACCUUUUAAAUGCAGUGACUGUGGGAAAGCCUUUCCACGAAGCGGAACACUGUCUAGACAUCAGAGAACUCAUACUGGAGAGAAACCACAUGUAUGCACUGAAUGUGGGAAGACAUUCCAAUCAAGAUCUGACCUUUCUAAGCACUGGAGAAGUCACACAGGAAUAAAACCUCAUCAAUGCAGUGUAUGUGGGACGGCGUUUGCCCAGACCUCACACCUUAUACGACAUUACAGGAUUCACACCGGAGAGAAACCUUAUAAAUGCAGUGAUUGUGGGAAAGCCUUUUCCUGCAGCACAACACUGAAACGACACCAGAGAAUUCACACUGGAGAAAAACCAUAUGAGUGCAAUGAAUGUGGGAAGGCAUUCAUAUCAAGCUCUAAACUUUCCCAGCACUGGAGAACUCAUAGAGGAAUAAAACCUCAUGAGUGCAGUAUAUGUAGGACAGCAUUCUCUGACAAGACAGACCUUGCAAAACACUACAGAAUUCAUACUGGAGAGAGGCCUUUUAAAUGCAGUGAUUGUGGGAAAGCUUUUAGCAGGAGCACAACCUUGACUCUACAUCAGCGAACACACACUGGAGAGAAACCCUAUGAAUGCAAAGAAUGUGGGAAGACGUUCAGUGAGAGUUCUAAGGUUUCUCGGCACCAGAGAAUUCAUACAGGAAUAAAACCUCAUGAAUGCACAGUAUGUAGAAAGGAAUUCUCUCUAAAGUCACAUCUUACACAACACUAUACUAUUCAUACUGGGGAGAAGCCUUUUAAAUGCAGUGAUUGUGGGAAAGCCUUUAGCAGGAACACACACUUGACUCUGCAUCAGAGAACUCACACUGGAGAGAAGCCCUAUGAAUGCAAAGAAUGUGGGAAGACAUUCAGAACAUGCUCUAAACUUUCUCAGCACUGGAGAACUCAUAGAGGAAUAAAACCUCAUGAGUGCAGUAUAUGUAGGAGGGCAUUCUCUGAAAAGACAGACCUUACAAAACACUACAGAAUUCAUACUGGAGAGAGGCCUUUUAAAUGCAGUGAUUGUGGGAAAGCCUUUACCAGGAACACACACUUGACUCUACAUCAGAGAAUUCACACUGGAAAGAAACCCUAUGAGUGCAAUGAAUGUGGAAUGGCCUUCACCCAGAAAGGUCUUUCAUUAUAUACUAAAAUGCAUGCUAGAGAAAAUUCUUUGGAAUGUCAUGAAUGUGGGAAGGCAUUCCCACCGAUCACAACAUUUAAAAGCUCAUAGAAUUUGUGAUGACAAGAAACCUCAUUAAUAAAAUCUUGGAAACCAUAGUUUUGUCUGGAAGAGACUCCUUGACAAAUUUACUCAAUAUUGGACAGGAUCCAUAGACAUGUAGCGCAUAUGGAAAGCCCUUCACUUACUGGUGGUGAGCAAUGUAUUUCUCUUCAGCAGAUGAGUCAUUGAAUAGAGAUGCAAGUGAGGCAUAUAUUUUCACAAGUAACUAAUAUGUUGACUUAUUUUCCUAUCUUGAUAAUAUUUGUUACAAGGGAACUCUUGAUUGGGAAGGGGAGAUUCAGUAGUGAGUGACAGCAAUGUAUCCAAAAAGUAAAGGGACCUUUAAUUAAAGAAAAACUAUAAGCACAGAACUUCCUAAAUAUCAUCCUGCUUCCAACAGGAAAGAUAGAUAAUGGGGAGACAAUAUUAUAAUAAAGAAGGUGAGAUUAGAACAGCUUAGUUGCUGCUUGAUUAGUUAUGAAUAGUUUAAUUGUAACUUGGAAAGUGGUCAGCAUUCAAAUACUUUAAGGAUUUGUGCUGAGCCCUAAUCCAUUGAAGAUUUUUAGUGGUCUUGAGAUAAUCUGUACAAAACUUUGUGAUUUUUUCUGCUGUUGAAUAGAUUGGGGUUUUUUAAAUCAUAAAAGUAUUUUAUUAUUUUCCAGUUACAUGUAAAGAUAGUUUUCACCAUUUGUUUUCAUGGG